UAAUUUUCACUCUUAAGAUAAAACACUAUUUUAAAAUAAAAUAUUUUUGACACAAAUUGAAAAGUAAUAUAUAUUUUUUAUUUAUUAUAAAGUAAUAGUGCCAGUAAAUCAAAAAUUUAACUAACUAAAAAAAUUCUUUCAAUGAACAACCUUACGGUAUGCAUUAUAUUAAUUCUAUCACCCAUAUCACUUUUCAAAACUCUUCAUUCAAGCCCACUCUCUUCAGAUUCAGCCUUUAUUGAUCCCUAUAAAUUCCGAGAGUUAUUUAGUCAUACUUACAAUUCUAAGAGAGCCGAUGACGAAGAUGACGACGUAGAUGCAUUGUAUUUCGGCAAGAAGAAAAGAGCCUUUAUGAUAUUACCUCAAAGAACUGGCAAGAAAGAAUUCAAGGAUUACUAUGGGUCUACUUCUAAGAGAGCUUACGUGAUUCUCCCCAAAUCAGAUUAUGGUGAAGCUACGUUUAGAAGUCAACAGAAUGAAGACGGCAGAAAUCAGCAUAUCCAAGCCGGGCAACUAAGUGAUAUUUUAUUAAAACUUAUCGAAAGCAAAUCUUCCGACAAUAGUAAUGGAAGAAGGGUGCGAUUCGGUGUCAAAUAGACAAAAUUGUUAUAUUUUAGAAAAUAAUAUUCAAAGAUAUAAAUAUUUAUAAAUUAAUUGUGUCUUGUCUAUUUUUACAAAUUGUAUAUUUAAAAAAAAACUGUCCCAAAGAUUUAUUUUUUGAUGACUAAAUGUUAUCUAGUUCGUUAUACUAUUUAUAUUUUUAAUGUUUUCAAUGUAUUAUUCAAAUCCCUAUGUUUUAGAU